UGUGGCCAGCGACUGACUGGGUUUUUUUUAUCUGAUUCUUGUUUUUUUCCUAGUCCCGAGUUCUGGAUUUCUCAAGCCCUUUAACUCUACAAUUAGCAAAGGAACACAGGCCUGUGUCCAUUUUCUAGGCUGCUCCUGAGGGUUUGAACACCUGAAGAUUCUUUAUUAUUUGCUAGAAGAUUUAGUUAAUAGUAAAAAUAGUUUUCUAAUUUUCUGCAGAAGUUUCUAGUGACUGUGUAAAUGAAUUACCAGACUUUUUUCCAUACAUUAGCUAGAAGCUUUCGUGUUUGAUAAACAGGUUUGGUAAACCAGACAGCUCUCCCCUCCUAGCUUCUCUUCCUUAGCUUUCAGCACUUUUUGUAGAGGGCCUGAGGUUUAUUAGCUCCACACUAUGAACAGAGAAAUGCAUCAAAAGGAGCAGCAGUGCAAGAAUGGAGUUGAAUGCAGAUUUUUGGUAUCAUUCUCAAGAGUGAUUUGGCUAGCUAGCCCAGGUUAGUUAAGACUUGCAUCAGCUUGUCUGGUAGCCAUUCACAGAUCUCUAAAAUUAUCUGAUGCCCUGUAGCCAGGCUUAUCUCAAACUGAAUAGGCUUUCCUCUCAACAAUCUUCUCUGCUACUCUGAAAUGCCAGUUCCUCCCAAGCAAACUAUCAAAAAAAAGAAUCCCAGAAUGCCUCCUUGCACAUGCAUAUUUACUGGGGGUUAAAAAAAAAACCCCAAAAAUCAACCAAGUAAACAAACAACACAAAGCCCAGCAGCCACCAAAGCCCGGUGUCUGUGUGGUCUCAGCUGAAGCCCUCCAGCAGGGCUGUGGGAUGUGGGCCCGCCCUGCAGGCGCUGGAAGCGGGGCAGGCUGAUAACGCCGCGGUGGGACGCUGUGCCCGCUGCCAGGCUGCUCCUAAUCUCCCCGGGGCCAACAGUGCCCCGAGCCGGCCCGUCCAGCACAGCCCCUCUGCCCGGUGCCUCCUGUGCUAAUCUGCAGCUGCACAUGUGCCAGGCUGUGCCCGGGCUGUGAACAGACCCGGGGCUCCUCGGGGCUCAGCACGGACAGGCUGCGACCGACUCUAGGCAGAAACGGGGCCCUCCUAGGCCGGGUUUGGGGUAAAGUCAGACUCAGAGGUUCACAGAAAUGCAGAGGAGGAGGACAGGGAAAAGUGGCCCAAACCCACAUCUGCUUCACAAAGCAUCUCAGCUACCUGGUGUCAUGUGUCAGAAUUUUUAAGACUGUAAGGAAGUGCUUCAGAGGAGGCGCAUGAUUCUAGGGAGUUAUUUUCAGCAAGAGGAAAAAACCCUAUUGAGUGAUUGCAUAUUUCUUUCACUUCCCUUUUUCCCCUUCCCUUGUGAGAUGUGCUCAGCAAAUCAAUUUAUUGCUGAAAUUAUUUUGUUUUAUUUUUCGGACAGUGAGUUAGCACCUUCUGCCUCUUCCCAAACUGUGUCUAUUGUGAAUACAUUGCAUAUUUUUAAUUGUAUUUGUUUAGUAUUUAUUAUUGACAUUGUGUCAAGACAGCUCCCAUUCAGAAUGCAGCAGUUGAAUAUACAACUCAGAUGUGCAUUACUGCUCUUAGCUAAGGAUGGUUGGAGAAAACAAGUAUGAAAUGUGCAUAAAUUAAAUGAGAUAUGCUUUUAAAGUGAAUGUCCAAAUAACCUUUUCAGAAUUUUCUUAGGGAAUUGUAGAAGAUAUCCAGAGCCAUUGUGGGAAAUACUGACCACGUGGCAAUGGAACAGAACAUUUUGUGUCAUUCUGGAUAAACUGAAGGGCUUAGAGAAUACUUAUUUUUUGGAAAACGAUAAAAUGAUUGUGUUUUAAGGAAGCAAAAUGAAUCUACCUGAAUUUAAGGUCUUCCUUUUACUGCUCCCUGCUCAGUAUGCUCAUAGCACAGCAGAGGAUGACGGAUGUUUGCUCUCUGCUUUUUUACAACACACUUCUGGUGCUGAACUCUGUGUUAGGAGCAGCUGUCUGUUCCUUCAUUGGCUGGUGGGAGAAGAGGAAGUCAUCGAGUGGAGGGGAAGCCUGGAACAAGCUGAUUUUUCUUCUAGAACCAUAUGGAAGCUCAGAAAUCUCUUAUCUCUAGCAACCCAUAAAGUGGUAAAGUAGUUACGUUCAGUGAGUCCAGCCCUUCCACUGUCACCAUUUGAUGCUAAAUAAUUUCAGGUGCUUUCCUAAUUAUAUUUCCCCAUCCUUAAAAGGAACAUUUGCAAGACAGUGACAGUCAUUUGACAUGUAAUGAAACUGCUCUAGGCUUCUAGAAGUCAUUUUAUCCUGGGUUUCUGCUGCUCAGUGAUACUGGUCCUGGUUAUCAGCAGCCAAACAUGACUGUGCCGUGUUUUGUCCUGCCUCACAACAUUUCCUUUAGCACAGUGAGUUGUUUCACUCAGUGAAUGUUACAGUUCACUUCAGAGAACUUCAGUGAAAUGGGGUUUUCACCUCUAGCGUUUUCCUGACAAGUCCUGAAGUACAUCUGAGAGAUAAGAAAUUCAGAAAUAUUAGAAAUGCUGUAUUUCUUAAUAUCAGGAAAUGAAGAGAGAGAGAGAGAGAUGGGGGGAGAAAGAAAGAGCAUCUGUGCAAGUUAGUCACAAGUUAAUUCAAGUUUUGGCUAAAAAUAUGGAUUCUUUAACUAUUUAAGGACCAUGCAUCACUGAGGGUACAGUGUCAUUUUUAUGUGUUACAAAGUCUCUUUUGUUACUGCUCCUAUUCCCCUCCUUCAUGCAGUCAAACAUCAGGAAUGAUGUUUGCUAUUGAGCUGCAGUUUGCCUUGCAAUGCACUGAAUGUUGUGAUUACAGGAGACUCCUGCUCAUUUAGUUUAGCUUAGCUCAGUUGUUACCAUUUUUAUUAUGGGUGUUGUCCUCUAUGACUCACAUGAUGCUAAAAUUUAAAUUAUGUGGCAGAAGCACAUGUGCUUAAUAAAUUAAGCUCACUCACUUUGGGCUAUAAUCUCUACAUAUGCACAUAUAUUUGUAUAUAUAUUAUGACUAAUAUAAAAUAAUGAAGCAUAAACAGAAUAUGCACAUAUAUUCAUGCACCACACAGAGAACUGGGAAGGGUGCAUGUGACUGUUGUUUCCCAAGCCAGCAGUGGUGCAUCCGUGCUGUUAUAGGGGCACUAAAGAGGCCCUGGGCUCCCGGUGCAGAGCCUGGGGCUGGUUACUCCCCUGGCUGGCUGAGUGACAGUGCCUUGGGUAUAAAAGGGCCCCCGGGCCGGGCUGUGCUGGCUGUAGCUGAUAGAGCAGCAGGCUCAGGGCUCGUUCUGGGGAGCUGCAGAGCCUGGGAGAGGUUGUAGCCACCAGCCCGACCGAGCCACACAAAAUGCGUGAGAUCGUGCACCUGCAGAUCGGCCAGUGCGGGAACCAGAUCGGAUCCAAGUUCUGGGAGGUGCUUGGUGAUGAACAUGGGAUUGACAUCACUGGGAACUACCGUGGGGAUUCACCACUGCAGCUGGAGCGAAUCAACGUGUACUUCAAUGAGGCUUAUUCCCAUAAAUACGUGCCCCGUUCCAUCCUGGUGGACCUGGAGCCUGGGACCAUGGACAGUGUCCGGUCCAGCAAAAUUGGCCCCCUCUUUCGACCUGACAACUUUAUCCAUGGUAAUUCAGGAGCUGGCAACAACUGGGCCAAGGGCCAUUACACAGAAGGCGCUGAACUGAUUGAAAACGUCAUGGACGUGGUCAGGAACGAGUGUGAGAGCUGUGACUGCCUUCAGGGAUUCCAGCUCAUCCAUUCCCUUGGCGGCGGCACAGGCUCAGGCAUGGGGACGCUCCUCAUCAACAAGAUCAGAGAGGAAUAUCCCGACAGGAUCAUGAACACCUUCAGCGUUGUGCCCUCACCCAAGGUAUCCGACACCGUGGUGGAGCCCUACAACGCCAUCCUCUCCAUCCACCAGCUGAUAGAGAACACGGAUGAAACCUUCUGCAUUGACAACGAAGCUCUGUAUGAUAUAUGCUUCAGGACAUUAAAGCUCACCAAUCCCACCUACGGGGACCUCAACCACUUGGUGUCCCUGACGAUGAGCGGCGUCACCACCUCUCUGCGUUUCCCCGGCCAGCUGAACGCGGACCUGCGGAAGCUGGCGGUGAACAUGGUGCCCUUUCCUCGGUUGCACUUCUUCAUGCCCGGCUUUGCCCCGCUGACGGCUCGGGGCAGCCAGCAGUACCGUGCCCUGACCGUGCCCGAGCUCACCCAGCAGAUGUUCGACGCCCGGAACAUGAUGGCAGCCUGCGACCCCCGCCGCGGGCGCUACCUCACCGUGGCCUGCAUCUUCAGGGGCAGGAUGUCCACCAAGGAAGUGGACGAGCAGCUGCUGUCUGUCCAGACCAAGAACAGCUCCUACUUCGUGGAGUGGAUCCCUAACAAUGUGAAGGUGGCCGUGUGUGACAUCCCGCCGCGAGGGCUGAAGAUGGCGGCCACGUUUAUCGGCAAUAACACGGCCAUCCAGGAGCUCUUCAUCAGGGUGUCCGAACAGUUCUCGGCCAUGUUCAGGAGGAAGGCGUUUCUCCACUGGUACACAGGGGAAGGCAUGGAUGAGAUGGAGUUUUCCGAAGCAGAAGGUAACACCAAUGACCUCGUGUCUGAGUACCAGCAGUACCAGGACGCCACUGCAGACGUGGAAGAAUUUGAAGAGGUAGAAGUGGAAGCAGAAGCCAAGCCAGAAAAGGAAGCAGAGUAAAAAGUAUCAAAACAUUCUCCUAACGAGCCUGUUCACCUUCACUAAAGACGAAGCAACAGCCAUCAUUUGCAUA